GUUAGGGCCAACUUCCGUCUUCCGGCAAGGAGAACAUAAUAAUAAAAAAAAAAAAAACUUGAGAGCUAGACCAGAUCUAGACUCUGGGACAAGCUUGUAUAUACUACUUAUUACUAGCUAGGUGAUCAUAGCUUAAGAUCAUGUGCCUUUACACAUAAAUAUACGCUAUCGCUUAUUGUUUCACAUAAAAUUGGUCCGGGCUGCAAGUAUGUCCGGGGAAAUAUUUCAGCCAAUGGAAGAAACUGAUUCGUCAUUAAUUCGAAACCCUUUGCUCUGUUACCUCUGCAAUGAGCAGUAUGAGGACCCUUGUAUCUUUGGAUGUUUUCACAGUUUCUGUGCUCAUUGCUUACGAGGAAGAAUCGUUGAGGGCAAAAUGUCUUGUCCAAUAUGUGGUUAUAUUCAAACAUUAAAAGAUGGAGCUGCAUUACCACCCUCUGACCUUCUCUUGAAGUUUAUGGUAGAAUCCUCAACUGAAGAACAGGCUUUAUGUGCUAACUGUGACACGGCUGCUGUGCAGAUGUUUUUCUGUAACACCUGUAUGCAACCUCUGUGCCUAAACUGCAGGGAGGAAACUCACAAAGCCAAAAUGUUUUCUAGUCAUGAGGUAGUUCUCUUGACUAAACGAGCCAGAGAAGUUCAUAAAAAAUGCUGUUUACAUGAUGAGCCAUAUAUCAUGUUUUCUUCAGAGAAGAAACUAAUGUUAUGUAUCAACUGUUUUCGAGAUAUGAGGAUAGAAAGCAGAGGUCAAUGUUUAGAUUUAGAAACAGCCUACACACAGAGUUUUAAAAAAUUAGAUCUCAGAGUUCAGGCCUUUAGAAAGCUUCAGAAUUCAGUACGUGAAGGAAUCAUUCUUUUUAAAGGAUUAUUGGAAGAGAUAAAAACAAAUGCUGAUAAAGAGAGAAUAGCCAUAGAAGAUUUGUAUAUUUCAUUACUAGGGAGACUUGCUGAGACUAAAGCAUUGUUAUUACAAAAGGUUGAUGGUCAGUAUGCAGAUAAAGAAGCCACAUUUCGAUCUCAGCUAAAGUUUCUAUCAACAUUGUUACCCACAUUACAUGUACAUCUUGUGAUAGCAAGUGCUUUCAGAAGUUCAGCCAACAAAUUUGAAUUUUUAGACUUUGCAAAUGUGUUAAUGGAACGUCUCAAAGGCAUUGUUCAAAAGCAACAUCCCAUUCACCCCACACAGAGUGGACAGAUUGAUACAGCUUAUAAAACAGAGUUUUUUAAAAGUCUGGAGCCAUUACUGUAUGUGUCACUUUUAAGAAGUGCAUUAAGUACUACAAGUUCUUGCAGUAAUUCUCCCUGUCCAUCCAGUCCAAUUAUACAUCGCAUUACCCCAAACCAUACCAGACGAGCCAGUGGGCUAAAUGGUGCUAAAGUUAAGUUCAUUGAUGCUAAAGGUCAAUUCGCUGAACACUGUAUACACUUUGAAAGUGCACAUAGAGAAAUUUUGCAAAGAUUUGAGACAAUGAAAAGUCAAUGCCAAGAGCUACAAAGGGACUUAACAAUGCGAAGAUGUUUAACUAAAAAAGAUGAAGUAUGUACCUUGACUACAAAAAUUGAAACAAUUCAAAAUGAUCUGGAUUCUCACUACACCACUUUGGAACAAAAACUACCAUCUUUGGAGAAGCACUGGGAAGAAUGCUUAGAGAGGUUAAAUAAUGAACAAGACCUUUACCAAGCACAACUGCAAGAUGUCAUGAGACUAAGACAAGAAAGUCAACACUUGAGAGUAAUAGCCUCGCAGUUAUCAUCAUUUGUGUCCUCCAUAGCUGCAGUCACAGAACGUUUGGCUCCACACCUCGGUCAGACUUGUCAGUCCUUUGAGCAAGAGCAACAAAUGGCCUCUUUGCUUGAAGAGAUCAAUUCUGUACAGCCAGAUAGUCAACAGAGAGUUGAUGCCAUUAGAGGAGCAGAAGAAGAAAGACAAACAUAUUUAGCCAAUCGAACUAAUCCUUUGGAUUCAGAACUGAUCAAAACUAAAGGUCUGCUCAAAGCACCAUCUUUAAGGAUGGACAGAAGAAGCAAAAAAAUUGACAAAGAGCCUAGUGAGAAAACUGAAUCAUCCAUCAUUAAAUUGGCAUCCUCUGCUGUUAAUGAUAAUGAUAGAUUACCUUCCACUCAGAAUAGUGAUGUUGCUGAGAAAGACAUAAAUUAUAACUCACUCAAAACCAAACAACCUGAUUGUUUGACUAGCAAGCAAGUAAAUGCAAGUGGUGAUAUGCUCAUCAUAGCAUACACUUCAAAGGUUCAUGUGGAUCCAGUUGUUGAUGUGCCAUUAUUUGAUUGUGAUGUUCUGACUAAGAACCCUGGCAAGACCACAUCAGUCGAGUUACAAAAAAACAAACUCUCUGUUACUAGCACCUGUUCAAAUCUCACUCAGGUAGAGGAAAGGAAAUUUAUUAGAGCCAAAGACAAUGGGUCAAGGGCAGAAGAGAUAGUGAUUUCAAAAGUUGAGGGAGAAACAAUUAGAAAUUUAGUGAAAGAUGUAGAAGUUUUCACCAAGAGAUAGGUGUAGAUGGAAUUAUUCAUUUUAAAAUAUUUAAAAACUGUAUUUGUGUUGAGUGGAAAGUUUGUAGAUUUUAAAAUUUCUUAUGUUUGGUAUUAUGUGUUAAAUAUGCAACUAAAAUUAUAAAAUUGAUAUGAAUAAUUUUAUAAGUAUCGCUCUUCAUUUGUAGUUACAUAUAGUUCAAAGAUUUUGUAUAGCAUUUCAUUGAGUAAGUUUGUACAGUGGAAUUCAGAUCACUUUAUUGUUCUGGAUUUUAUAUUAUUUUGAAACACUAUUCCUGAGAUAAAACAAAAAAUUUCUGUCAGCUGUUUGCCUUUUUCCACCAGGGCUGCCACUACCUAUUGUGCAAUGUAUGUGCUGCAUGCAGGCGGCCAAAUCAUUAUUCCAAGGUGUCCUUUUUUUAAUUUAACAAAAAAUAAAUUACUUAAUUAAAUAUUUCAAUAUUUUGUGUAGAUUCUAAUUAUUCCAUUAUUCUUUUUUAACCUAAAACAACACAAUGAUAUUUGUACAAAAAAGUUAUAUGGUAAUCAUACAAUAAUGAAGUGCACACGCAAGGAUUUCCACUGGUUUUCCAUAGGUGUCUGCCCAUUUCUCUGGUUGAAUUUUAAAGUGUUUUUUUUUUAUACUAGUUAUAUUUUUUAUGACACUUAAAGGUUUCAUUGCCCUGAAGCAACAAAUGAGCGGAGGCGCCUAAUUAUUUUUAAAAUAAAAGAAUUUUUUUUUUCAUUCAAGUCUUUAAAAAUGUAUUACCAACAAAUAAAAUCAUUAGAACAAAGAAUGUAGUAAUUUGUUAAUUUCAUAUACAAUUUAUUAAAAACGUAAAUUAUCGCUUUAAUGAAUGAAAUGUAAGCUUUGCAAGGUACAUCUGAAACAUGAAAAAAACAUGGUGCAGAGAUUUAGUGGGCCGUAUUAGAUAAUAUUUGAUUUAAUUCAUUAUAAUAAAGUGAUAAAUUGAGGUGGAUUUGUUUGUUUGUAUGUGUGUCACAGACCUAUAUAAAUUAUACCUAGACUUUAAGUGUCUCUCAAACUUCAGAAUUUGUUUUUCCAAAGCCAUGGCAAUAGACAAGAUAGUAAACAAUUUUUUUUUAAUUUCUCUUCCUCAUCAUAGGUCAAAUGUUUCAUUCGUGAAAUGGUGGGAUGCUUCCCACAAAGCUUAAAUUAUUAGGGAGUGUGGCAACUGAUACAUUGAAGUUCCUAGAUGCUAAGUGAAAUUCCCUUUAAAGCAAUAUUUACAAUUUCUAUGUCAUGAUAUGCUUCUUAGAUCUAACAAUCUUUUUUUAUUGAAGAUAUAUAAAGCUGAAGCCAUAUUAUAGUAAAAGUAUUUACUUUUAAUAUAUAUAUAAUCUUUGGCCCACAUAUUUGUAGAUGUCAGAUGCCAAAUCUGCCUAAUGCAGCGGUUCUCAACCUUUUAAGCUCGGUGACCCAUUUUUACAAUAUACCACUCUUCCGUGACUCCCCCCCCCCCUAUAGACACACACAGCAAUAGAAGAAUAGACAAUAACAAUCUUCAUUUUUGAUGGUCUUAGGUGACCCCUGGCAAAUUGUCAAUCGACCCCCAAGGGGGUCGGGACCCACAGGUUGAGAACCCCUGGCCUAAUGGAAUCUAGCUGGAAAUAAUUUAUAGGCUAACAAAAAAAAAACAUUAGACACAUUUGGUAAGAGCUAGGAAAGCUUUAAGUGUAAUUGGCCAAAAUAUGAUAGAAGGGAGGAUAAUUUAAAAAAAAACACAAAUUUAAAAAAAAAAAAAAAAAGCAACAA